AUGAUCGGAUCAGCAGACAAACGAUUCAGUUGCACAGUGUCCCGCUUGAACACCCGGUCUCCAUCGAUCAACCUUGGCACCGCCUGGGCAGGCUUGGUGUUCAGCAGUUCAGGGCGCAAACGCUCUAGUGCCGUUUUAUCUGCAACCUGGUUAAUUAAGUCAUGUUUGCAAUUAUUCCUCAGUUGUAUCUGCGAUUGGCGUUUUCGAUCGGAUCGUUCGGGUGGUGAUUGUGCCACCUUCGAGGUGCACUCGCCGGAUACCAUCAACGUAAAUCUCACCGUGCCACUCGUGAGCCUGAUGCAGCUCAUCGUCGAUAAGACACGCUCGGCGUCUUUAAGGAAGCAGCGUCGUCGGACCCCCUUCGUGCCCUUCUGCCUGUCCAAUCAAACAGGAGUGCCUCUUCGGUUCAAAAAAGUCACCGAUUCAACUUUCGUGGGAGGUAGAGACCAGAGUCCGACUCCUGACGUUGAGGUUAGCGACCCGGAGGACGAAUGGGUUCUGGUUGAGCCCGACGCUGAAAUUGUCGAUCUACCCUUCCAACCGGCGUUAACCGCCACCGGUCGUGCCGCGACCUUGAAGCAAGGGACCAAUCAACAAAGUGCAGCCGGUCGUCCCCCGCCUGCAACCCCUAGGUUGAUGCUUGAGGUCGAAGGGUGGCUGCCUGCUUACCCUGUGGCCCUCGAUCGUUUGGGGGUGUUCUAUCGUACUAUUCGAUUGAGGAAGCAGGAUAGUGCUCAGUUGGCAAGUUCUUGUACCUAUUUAACGUCGGAUCCACUGUUUCCUCAACUCACUCCACUGACGCGUCUGGUGAUAGAGAUUGUUCGUCGCGGCUCCGCCCAGAACCUCGUCAUCGUGCGCUCCGGACUGACCGUCACGAAUCGUCUCUCGCCUCGCUUCGACCUCGAGGUGGGACUGGCUGUGGGUCCCCUUCAGCAGUCCGGGCCUGCCCUCCCCUCGCGUCUCCCCGUGGCUCCCGCCGGUCCAGGGGGUCUGCAGAUCCCCUUCGGCGAGACCCGACCCCUCCCUCUGCCUCUGGCCUCCCGGGCCGCUGGCAGGCUCUGCUUCCGUCCGGUCUGCGCGGACGCCAAAGCCGACGUCUUCUUCGACUGGUCCCAGCAAGUCUGCCCUGUGGUGCCCGACGUCGAUCAGGAGGAGGGCGACGCGGUGCGAGUGAAGUCCGUGGGUCUCCGGCCGGCUGUCUCGCCCGAUGAGGUCAUGGACUGGAGAAAAUUAACCAAGUCCGGUGAAGCGGAUGAAUGCGUGGUGCUGUGCCGUCGUCUGAGAUCCGGCAGCGACAUCGGCCUCUACUCGGCCACGUCUGGGGAGUCCUUGUCAAGGCAACCGGAUCUGCCCAGCCCCUGGCAACUGUGUGUAAACGUCGUCCGUGAGGCCUUUCCGCCUGAUCCUCUUUUCCGUGGAGGUCCUUCGGUGCUUCCUGGUCAUCACGUGACCGUCGGACCUGUCUUGCGAUUGGUCAAUCUCCUGCCCUGUGAACUAUCAUACUUCGUCGACGGUACACCAAUCCACGGACGUCUUCCUGCCAACAAAGCCGCGUCUAUCUUUGAGGUGAGCUGCGUGCAUGCCCUCCGCUUUGGAGUCUACCUGGAUGGUUUCCAACGCUGCCAGCCCAUCUACGUUCCCCCGGUGACCUUCUCUGAAACCGUGCUCAUCAGCCUCUUCGACCACUUUGGAAGGUCGCUCCAACUGAAGGCCGAAAUGUGCACAAAGGCGUAUGGCGUGCGCCACGUGACGAUAACCGCCGUGUGCUGGCUGAUCAACAACUCGGGUCUGCCGCUGGUUUUCGCUCAGCAGGCGUCCUCCAACAUCGCCUCGCCUAAUGAAUGGAAGGCGCCUGGAUCCCCAGAGCACCGGGCAUUGGCAGCCGGCCAGUCGCUGGACCAGGAGCUGGCGCGUCUCGCUUCGCCCCUCCUCUUCUCGCCGCUGGUCGGAACUGCCGCUGAGUUUCCGCCCUCGUGGAGUCUCCAGGUGCGCAUCGGUGCCCACCACAGCCCCACUGAGGGCGACAGUGGAACCGGCGUCAAGCGCUCCUGGGUUCCCCGGUGGUCGCCGCCUGUGGCGUUGGAUAAGAAUGACGAGGCGUUGCUUUUGCGCCUCAAAUCCACCUAUCAGGAUCGGCCCGAUCUGCUCUACAGCGUCGGCGUCGAGGUUCGCAAAGGCGGUGGACUGCACAGCGCUACGACGAUAGUCACUUUUGUGCCGCGGUUUGUCAUCAGCAACCAGACCAACUUCCAGCUGCAAUUCGCUCAACGGUUUUGCGUCGACUCGACGACCUACCGACCUAUGGACGUCCAUCCGCAGUGCAGUCUGCCCUUCCACUGGCCCCGCCAGGACUUGGACCAGAUUCUGUGUUUCCGUGCCCUCCUUGCCGGUGAUACGUGGCUCCCAGACCAACGAACCAGUCCCACCCUCGUCGCCACGCAUUGGUCCGGCGGCGUGCAAAUCGACAAGCCGCGUUCCUACCACCUCAUGCUUCGAAUGCCCGCUCGCUCGCGAUCAGGACCUUCUUCUUCUUCUGUCUCCACCACCGCGGCCUAUCCAGAGCCCCUCUUCCUGCGCGUUGACAUUGUUCUUCGCAGCGCCACGUUAUUUGUCAUCGUCAGUGACGCCACGCACCUGCCUCCGCCUUACCGAAUCGAAAAUCAAAGUCCUGUCGCCCUGUUCUACCAACAGGCACCGAUGGCCGGCGUGGAGAUGCCUCCACAGCAGGCCUCAUAUGCGUCUUCGAGGGGCAGUAACGGUAGAUGGUCUGGCGGCAUAUUCCUGAGUCGUCUGCCACCUCGGUCGACUGUCAGUUAUGCUCCUGACGAACCGCUUCUGCCUCCACAACUGUCGGUCGGAGUUCACGGAGACCUGAGCUACAUCUAUGACCUGUCUAAGCCCGGACCCGGUCCACGUCUGGUCUACGACAACUGUGUCUACGUGUCAGUUUGCGGCGUGGCCGGAGAUGAUGUCAGCACUGCGGGCGUCGUGGACUUCCCGGUUCUCGAUGUUCCACUGGACGACGAGGAGGAGACCACAGCCGGCGUGAAGCGCGUUCUGCUGCGGCGGAAACGUCCCGGGGAACGCUCGCAGCUCUGGUACGUCUCGAGUCAGGGCUACCUGGUCCACGAAGGUUCUGCGGCUCCGCAAGCUCCCAGGGGUUCAACAAGACAACGGGGCCGGGUGUUGUCUGCGCGCACCUGGGUUCUCGACGUGGACACCUCCACAAAGAGCGUUGCAAAUGUCAUCGCCCAGUCCUCUAUCGAUCCUCGGACGUUGGAAAACUUCGAGGUCGGAGUGCUGUGUCUCGCGCGUCUCUCGAAGCGACGGCAAAACACCCAGUCGUGGGUGUUCGAACGACGCGGAUUUCUGAUGAACGCGGCGUCGUUUUGUGUGCAGGCCAAACGACGAAACCCACGCGUUGGCAACCCUUCCGCAGACACCGGAGAGCCCAUUUUUGUGGCGCGUCCGCGUUUUCGCGGUCAAAGGUCGGCUGUUUCACGUGAUGGUGGUAGCGGUGGUGUUAUCGGACGGUGCCUUCUCAGCGAGAGUCUGGCUGCUGCUCGCAUCUCCUACACCUGGCUGCGCCCCGGUUCUGGGUCGCUCUGCGUCGAGGUACUCACCGAGGGACCCGUCCGUGUCCUACGCAUCUCCGAUCCACAGGAGUGUGAUCAACCGGCCAAUCAAACACCAUUUACCACGAAGGCAAGGCCUGGGUCAGAGCAACCACAGGAGGGUCCCACAAGCCUUCGGCUGCUUAUCGAUCUUCCCUCGGGCCUCGGGGUGUCUGUCAUGUCCGCGCACCUUGAGGAGCUGUGCUACGCGAGCCUAAUGGGUCUGCGUCUCUCGCUAGAUCGAUUCUACCCUGGAGGCGCCACGGUCAACGCCGCCAGCACCAUCGACGGCGCCUUGCCAGCGAUUGGCCAGGAGACCGCUGAAGAUGUGGAUGUUGUCUUUGUUGAGGCGCCACACUCCACCACCUCGCGUUCUGAGGCAAGACCAGCCGAGAAGGAGUAUCCUUCUAGUUGUCGUGCUCGUUGUCCUGUUGAACAGGCGAUGCUGUCCAUCGAGCGAAUACAGGUCGACAAUCAGAUCGCUGGAGCCAGUUUGCCGGUCUUGCUCUUCCGUGCUCCACCGGUUGUUCCAACGUCCACGUCGGGGGCUCCACAGACCUCCAGGAGUGUGGUGGAGGGUCGGCCGAUUCGAACGACAGACGGUGGUGAGUGGAUACGACGAAGGGAACUGGAGCGUCUGUUGCAAGGCGAUCUGCCGCCGUCCACUGGGUCUGACACUGCCUGGCAUCAGUCGUCGUCGUCUUCUUCGUCGCCGCCGCCGCCGAACCUCAUCACGCGUUCCUUGCGGCUGCUCCACACUGGCUGGAAUGCUGAGAUCUUCACGCUCUUUGAACUACAACUCAACAAGAUGGUUAUCCAAGCGGAGGAAUUGUUGCUACUCAAGUUAAUCCAAUUCAGUCGAAACUUUGGAAUCGGUAGUCGAACGAUCAUGGCGAAAGCAGUGUCUACUGAGGAUGCCAAACUGAUCGAUUUUUUGCAGGAGGGUGUGGUUGAAGCCGAAGGAGCCUAUUCUAGACAAAUCUCUCCACCAACAAUCACCUCGCGUGACUUCUUCUACUUCGAUCGUCUGCGCGUGCUGUUCGCGCCGAUUCGCGUUACCGUGCAAACCGCGGAAGGACGCCUCGGGCCGGAGUUCAAUGACGUGAAGCGACUUCUGCCGAAACUCAUGUCCUUCACUGACGCCGACCUAAGACUGGGGGAAUUUGAGAGACGCCAUUGCCUGGAGUCUGGACGCUUCCUCGUUGACCAGUUGGCGUUGCAUUUUGAGCUGCAGCUGCGAGCUCAGGCACUGCGUAUCUUCGGAUCGGUUGACCUCCUUGGGAAUCCGCUCGGUUUCAUGUCGGACAUCUCUUCGGGAAUCUCCGAUCUCGCCGACAUGGACCUCUCGGGCCUCGUGCGAAACGUCGCCCAUGGAGUCGGUGACAGCACUGCUAAGGUUGUCGGGACGAUGUCCCAGCUGGUUCACACUCUCUCCAUGGACGAAGGCCACCAACGCCAACGACGAGCGAUCAUGGCGUCGGGUGGAGCUGCAGCCUGUCCAACUCCGUCGUCGUCGUCGUCUUCUGAGGCGACGGCCAACCGAGCCUCAGCGUCGCUGCCUUCACCUCUGAUCGAGGAGGGCCUGGACGAGUUCGAGUUGACGGCUUCGGUUGGAAGUGCGGACAUCGGCGAGGCGUCCAAAUUGGGUCUCUCCGCCCAGACAGCCGCGUUCCGCGCUGGAUUGCGCGGUUUUGUUCACGGAAUCGUGGGUGGUGUCACGUCCAUCGUCACCCAGCCCAUCCACGGUGCUUGUGAGGAGGACAGCCUGAAGGGGUUUGUGUAUGGCGUUGGUCGGGGACUGCUGGGCACCGUGACGAAGCCAGUUGGCGGGGUACUUGAUUUGGUGUCGGGUGCGAUGACGUCACUGAGAGAAACUGCCCGCCCCUCGUCUAGUGGACGUCCACGACGGAUGCGUCCGCGACGCGCUCUCUCCGCCCCGCUUCGGCCCUACUCCCUUGUCGCGUCUAUCGGCCAGAUGCUGCUACGACGCUUCAGUACGCACCCGCGUCCUCCACUCGAGUCCUCGUCCUGCGAACUUGUCUCGCUUCUCGUCGAAAACGAUGAUAAUGAGUCGCACUCCUUCUCAAGUCUCCCAGUGAGUAAAUUACUAAAAGCAUCUGCUGGAACGUCGAGUCUACCUCGGGAGGGGGAGCAAUCGGAGAUGGUGAUUCGAGUGCUUCCGUGUCAGCUAGGAACUGUGAACGUCAUAGUGACCGACCGUGCGGUCUGGUGUGUUCGGAACCUCACCCUCAACUCGUCAACUCGAACCAGCAGCUACUUUUUCUGCGGCGGAAGGGAUGACACAACGAGAGUGAUGUUUGUCAUACCCUAUCGCAACCUCAAUUUCGUCCGUCUCCAAAAUCGCCCGCAAAAGCCACCCGGUUCGCCAGCCGAUUCAUUUUAUGUGGAGUUUUUAAGCGAGACUCGCAGGCAGGUGCUACGAUUCGAUCGUGCAGACUGGGCGCGCGACCUGCUCUCUGAGGUUUCUGAGGCCCAUUUCCGCUUUGUGCAGACGGUCAUGUCGUUGAGGCGGAACCAGUCCGCUGACUUACCGCUCAGGGGCCACCCCCAUGGACAAUGUCGAUAG